AAUAAAAAUACACAAUUUAUCUGAUUCAUGCUUCGAUAAAAAAAAAACUGAAAAUUUUUUUUUUCAAUUAUUAGGACGUAAUUUAAGGAAAUUUCAAUAUAGAUAACUAUUAAAAAAAGGAAAAAAGUAGAUAAAAAAAAAACUGAAAAAUAAAUGGGAUGAUCCCAAGUUCCAGCUCGAGUGCCCAAGUGGAAGAAAAGGAGAUCAACUGCAAAUGGAUAUAAAUCCCCCCAACGAAAUCUCGACCUAACAUAAUAUUUCUGUGGGCUCUACAUGGAAAAUAAUUACGCCCACUCCACAAUCCACAUUAGAUAGAGAAAGAGUCCACAGAAAUUUUCUCGAGAAACUUCUCUCUCCUAUCCCUUCCUAAUUUUUUUUCUCCAUUCCCGAUUGAUUAAUUAACCCGGUAAUUUCCUUUCUGAUUCUCAAUCUUUUGUUUUUACGGGUUUCAUAUCAGUUUGGUUCCCGAUAAAACUAAGGGGAAAGAGGAAGAAAAUGUUUUUUUUUUACUCUUCUUUCCAAGUAAGAAAGCUUAUAAUUUAGCUUAAUGGCAAUAAAUUUGAUUUAUUUGCAAUGUAUUAAAAGUAGAUUCAACUUUUUUAGAUAAAAUAAGCAUAUCUUUUGCUCCUAGGAGUUUAGCUAUUGUGAGAAUUUUGUGUAAUUCAGCUAUAAUCUAUAUUAAACGUGAGAAUUCCAUUUUCACUCUGUUUCAAACACACCCUAUGAGGAAAAAUAAUGGUUGAAUUACAAAUCAUUUUAACUUUCUUGCAGAAAAGUUCAAUUUUAAAGCUUAUAAUUUCGAGUUCUUGGCAGUCCCAUGUUUUUUUUCUUGAGGGAUUUUGUGUUUUUAUAGGGAUUUUGCUACAUAUUUUAUUUGAUUUUUUCAGCCUAUGGCAUUUGCCUCUUAUAUUUCUUUUCGGGGGACAUUGUGAUUUGAUGGUUUAUGUCGUGUAGCAAAAUUUUAUGCUGAAAACAGUGAAUUGUCUACCUGGAUGUCAUGUGAUUGUCAAAUAUUGCUUUAGAGGGGUUAAUUGCUAAACUUUUUUGGCAUUUAAAGGAACUGUGGUGCUUAUGCUUUUGGAAAUGGAAUUACAUUUCUUGAUACAAUUAUCUAUCAUCAGGUGUAGUGAACGAGUUAACUUGUGCUGGCUUGGCCAAAAAAUAAAAACUUGUGCUGGCUAAGAUCUGUAAUAUGGUGGCAUCUGGUGAUUGAUGACGAUGAACUUUGGAUUCCUAAGAAUACCAUGGUUUGGUGUUGAUCCCAAAAGGGAUUCGGAUUUGACUCUUGCAUCCACAAGUGCUCUGAUGGAGCAACCUAAACAGAAAGCUAGUGUUGAGAUUCGACUGUGGGGAUGGACUCUAGUUUCAGUCCCUCUAAAGGCAGUGAAUGGUAAUGAUAAAAUUCGAGCUCCAACCACUAUAAACAAAGGAUUAAAAAGGCAUGCACGACAACAUGGUGUUAUUGAACCCCCCAAUGGGGGUACCCCUAUCAGGUUUAGGCCAUAUGUUUGCAAGGUUCCGUGGCAUACUGGUGCUAGAGCCUUCCUUUCUCAGUUAUUUCCUCGAUAUGGGCAUUACUGUGGUCCUAAUUGGUCAAGUGGGAAAGAUGGUGGAUCCCUUAUUUGGGACAGGAGGCCAAUUGAUUGGUUAGAUUUUUGCUGCUAUUGUCAUGAUAUAGGUUAUGAUACUCACGAUCAAGAAAAACUUCUGAAAGCUGAUUUAGCAUUUCUCAAUUGCUUGGAGAAGCCUAAUAUGAGAACGGAAGGUGAUCCCCAUAUUGCUCAACUUUACAGGACAAUGUGCAUCAUAGGUCUCAAAAAUAUACAAAUCCCAUAUAGAAGGCACCUUGCGAAGCUACAAUAUGGGCAACCCCUUAUUGAUUUUGGAUGGCUAAGAAAUGUGAGAAGUAGAAGUUGGAAUUUUCAGAAACCUUGAAAGCAGAUAAUGCAACCCUGGUGAGCAAGUUAUUCAGAUGGCCCUAUAUUGAAUGACAGUAGAUGAACUUUCAAACACUCUUCUCUUCUAUUCUAUGGUUCAUUCAUGUGGAAGUUUUCCAGUGUCAGCACCUUGGAGCAACUUAUUAUCAUGGUCUUUGUUGGAAUAUGGAAUAUCCUCAUCUUAUCUGAAUUUUAAACAAAUUUCAUAUGAUGUAAAUAACCGUCGCCGCAUGCUAUUUUCAAACUGUGAAUGUUAUGCAAUUGACUUUGAUAAUAGCAUAUGCCAUCAAUGUGAAUCUUCAUAAAGGCUGUAAAUAUAGAGUUUGGAUAUGGCUUUUAAAUUUUCUCAUUGAGGGUUGACUGUUAGUAAACCGUUAUCACUAUGGUAUUGACUAUUGAUUGUCUAAAGUCUCACUUGAGUAGGAUAUAGUAAACCGUUAUCACCGUGGAAUUGACUAUUGAUUGUCCAAAGUCUCACUUGAGUAGUAUUCCUCGUAU